UCUCCUCACGAUUCAUACUCAUUUCCUCUUAUAAAGCCCGAACCCGCCAGCAUAUCCCUUCAUCUCAUUCGCAUUCCCUCGAUCAGUUUUCGCAAGAGCAAUGGAGGGCAUCAAGCAAUCGCUUCUGGUGGCAGUGCUCGUGGCGACGCUGCUGCUGUCGCCCCUCGUUGUGAGCGGGGACGACGAUGACACAGGGUCGGUGAAGCCGGUGGUGAAGAUAGUGAAGGGCAAGAAGUUGUGCACCAAGGGGUGGGAGUGUAAAAAGCUGUCGCAGUACUGCUGCAACCAGACCAUCUCCGACUACUUCCAGGCGUACCAGUUCGAGAACCUCUUCUCCAAGAGGAACUCCCCCGUGGCCCACGCGGCCGGCUUCUGGGACUACCACUCGUUCAUCACCGCAGCCGCGGAGUACCAGCCCCAUGGGUUCGGGACCAGCGGCGGGAAGGUCACCGCGAUGAAGGAGGUCGCCGCCUUCCUCGGCCACGUCGGGAGCAAAACAUCCUGCGGGUAUGGAGUGGCGACCGGAGGGCCGUUGGCGUGGGGGCUCUGCUACAACAAGGAGAUGAGCCCGAGCCAGUCCUACUGCGACGAUUCCUUCAAGUACACCUACCCAUGCACUCCCGGCGUUGCUUACUACGGCCGUGGCGCCAUCCCCCUUUACUGGAACUACAACUACGGAAAAGCGGGGCAGGCCCUGAAGGUGGACCUGCUGAACAACCCGGAGCACAUCGAGAACAACGCGACGCUGGCCUUCCAGGCGGCGAUCUGGCGGUGGAUGACACCGGACAAGAAGCACCAGCCGUCGGCCCACGACGUGUUCGUCGGCAACUGGAAGCCCACGAAGAACGACACCCUGGCCAAGCGGGUCCCCGGGUUCGGUGCCACCAUGAACAUCCUCUAUGGCGACGACGUCUGCGGCAAGGGCGACGACGAGCACAUGAACAACAUGGUCUCCCACUACCAGUACUACCUUGACCUGAUGGGCGUUGGCCGCGAGGAGGCUGGCCCGCACGAGGUGCUCAGCUGCGGGGAGCAGGCCGCCUUCAACCCGUCGUCGGGGACACCCGCGUCCACGUCCACGUCUUCUUGAGCUUCAGCAAGCGAUGCGUUUUGUCAUUGUAUAGAAAUGUAUAGCCAAAUUAAGCAAGAGUGUGGGGAGAAGGGAAAGAAUAAAUGAUGCGGAGAGAUUUUGUAAUUGUGCUUAAGUUUGGUGACCGAUUCCGAAAGUGUAUACAAAGUUAUGGAUUGCCAAUAUAACGAUGGUAUCUAAAAUGUGAUUCAUCAUUGGAUUUUCAGUAAUACAUGCAGUUAAAAGGA